CCUGUGUUGAACAAGGAUUACGCAAGAUAUCAUGGCGAUCUGCUAGCAGGAUAUUUGAAAAUCAGGCGAUCUUCACACUCUCAAUAGCACUCUCCAGCUCGCUGCGAAGAUGGGGUCCAAGCACUCGCGCCUCUCACAUCAGCAGUCUUUAGACGGCAAGACUCCUCCUGCUGCGUCCAGACAUCAUGACAACCAGGAGCCGGAAGCGGAGAUCUCAGCAGAGGCGCGUGCCGAGUUCACCGUAGACGACAUCCACAGCCCCGAGAACACGCGCCGGGCGCAGAUACUCCGAAGCAGCGACCACGACCGCUUCUGCAAGUACCGCAACUACUUCAAAAACCACCAUAUGUCACUAGCUCGAGAAGUGGGUCGCAAGACCAGCAAGAGCAAGGCCGAACUGCUCUGCUGGGUCGAGGACGCCGUGGGGCCCUUGGAAGCUGGCGAUAAGUUCACCAAAGACGAGAUACUGGAGAUCGCUAUGGUCUCUGUAGCUCUGACUGAGUAUGGCGAGUCUUCACUGGCUAAAAUGUACGACCGAGGCGAGCUGGAUGCUCUGCCUAAUAUCCCUCUACACACGCAUAAUCUGCGUAUGCCCGCUAAGCAGCAGGCCUGUCGUGACGGGUCCGACGCUGCAAACAAAGACAAACUAGAGGCAGCACACUAUAUCGGACUAGAAGUGAUGCUGCGACUCAAUGAACGACUGCCAGUGGAGCAGCGUAUGGGUGAGGAACUGCGAGAAAUCCUCAAUCACCCGAGCAAUCUCCGCCUUAUGCUGGCGACGAGCAACCAAGUACUGCAUAAGAAAGUAGACGCGUUGCUAAUAAACGCUAAUGAUGUGUCCGUACCAGACAGUAAGCCACAACGCAAAAUAUCCGCGAAGGAGUACGACCGCCUGGUUCAGAUUGCCAAGCACGCACAGGACCAGAUUUUCCAGGACGCAAUGAUCGCAGCCAAUGGCCACUACUUAUACAUAAGCUUGCGCGAACAGUUCAAGCGCUUGGAUGUCGGCGACAGGCCGAAGUUGUGGGAUAAUGAAAAAGACAAACCCGAGCUUCGAAAGAUUCCGCGAUCCAGAUACCGUUCGCCGUCACCCGUACCACGCCAGUCUAGAACUCCUCCGUCACCAGAGAAAAAGCGAGAUCCUGAGCGUAGAAUGGUACAGACCUCGUCUUCUUCUCCUCGAGCGAGCGAGAAGAAACAUCGAAACCCAUUCUCUCGCUUAGCAUCGAAGAUUUUCCACUCCCACAAGAAGAAACACGGAGCUACUGCACGCUCUGCGUCAACCGCACCGUUGCAGUCUGAAGAUAAGGCGAACACUGCGAAACCAAAGAUUCCUGUAAACCGACCUAAAAGUGGAGAAAAGAGGAAUCCUUUGGCGACAAAGAACACAAAGCGUCAAGCGGGAAAGCCAAAGAAGUCAAAGCAGGCUCGUGAUCCUGAAAAGGGGAAACGCCAACCUCGCACGACAAAGGCAAAGAAAACGACGAAGACUCCAGCUCCCCGUUCUAACCAAGACUCUGCUUCAGACGAUGACUGGUCAGACGACAGCGACUAUGUGGAGUCCGACCAAGACGACAACGAUGACCGAGAACUCCACGUCGGCCCUCGUGGAGGCAAGUAUUACCUCAACGCAGCCGGCAAAAAAGUGUACGUCAAGUAAGCCGGUUGGACCGUUCCAGAUAUGUACAUACUGUAAAUAUCAAACGAAUCUACUCCUCGGAUCUAUGAAUACAAUAAUAUUCAUGUAGAUACUGGAAAGGAUGAGCCAGUUUCUGAGCAACGUGUAAUCCAUUAAAAUAUAUCCUCGCUUAUCCCAA